AUGGUCGGCAUUGUCAUGUUUCAUCCACGGUUCCUUGUUGCCUUUAUUCUCUCAAAUUAUCUUGUAUGCCUUUUGGCAACUGCCGCUCGCAAUGGUGGCUUUACCUUUGAGCUAAUCCGCCAAGACUCUCUCAACACUUCUUUCUACAAUGCUAAUAAAUACUAUCCAAAUGUCCCCCAAUCACAAAUAUCUGCAUACAAAGGCCAUCAUCUCAUGAAGGUCUUAAUCGGAACACCACCGGUACACAUCUAUGGCAUUGCUGAUACAGGUAGUGACCUUGUGUGGACACAAUGUGUACCAUGUGAUGGCUGCUACAAUCAGACUAAUCCCAUGUUCGAUCCUCAAAAGUCCUCCACAUACAGUGACAUUUCUUGUCAAUCAGAACAAUGUCAUCUAAUAGACACUGGCACUUGUUCUCCUCAAAAUCUUUGCAGUUACACUUAUGGAUAUGGAAGUGGUUCCAUAACCCAAGGUGUUAUGGCCAAAGAAAAAGUCACCAUUACUUCCACCUCAGGGAAAACCGUUUCCUUUGAUCUUUCUUUUGGUUGUGGACACAACAAUACCGGGACUUUCAAUGACCAAGAAAUGGGAAUCAUUGGUUUAGGAGGUGGGUCUGAUUCCCUUGUUUCACAAUUAGGUUCCACCUUUGGUAGCAAGAGGUUUUCUCAAUGCUUGUUGCCAUUUGGUACAGAUCCUAAUAUUGCAAGCAAGGUAAGCUUUGGCAAUGGCAGUGAAGUUGUAGGUAGCGGUGUGGUUUCAACACCUUUAGUAACCAAAGAAGAUAAAACUCCCUAUUUUGUGACAUUAGAAGGAAUUAGUGUUGGACAAACAUAUGUGCCUUUUAACUUUUCAGGUAAGGUUUCUAAGGGCAAUAUGUUUCUGGAUUCAGGAACGCCACCUACGCUUUUGCCAGAAAAUUUUUAUGAUCGCUUGGUGGCAGAAGUGCAGAAGCAGAUUCCAAUGAAUCCCAUUCAGGUCCAGGAUGACGCUGAUUUGGGGACACAGCUUUGCUAUAGAACUGAAAUUAAUCUUCAUGAUAAUGCACCAAUAUUGACUGUCCAUUUUGAGGGUGCUGAUGUGCUAUUAACGCCUAGACAUACCUUCAUUCCACCUAAAGAUGGGGUUUACUGCUUUGGAAUGCAAAGUUUUGGCAAUAUAGAUAUUGGAAUAUAUGGAAACUUUGCUCAAGCAAAUUACUUGAUUGGGUUUGACAGGGAAACAAUGAGGGUCUCCUUUAAGUCGACUGAUUGCAGCAAACAAUAGAGUUUGCCACUAUC